AAAAGAGGUUGCGUAGCGCACUCGGGCGUGGUUUUUCAACUGGUUGGUCUCAGGCAGGCUGCACCCGGCGUGCAGCAGCAGCUGCCCCGAAGAAAGCAGUGUGGAACGCCUUAAGUGGAACGGCUCCGUAUUUCACGCUAACAUUGGAUUUGAAGAGGUUGAAGAACAUGUGGCGUUACGCCGCGGAGAAGCCCACGGUUGAUGAAGAGAGACACGUUGUUUCGUUCAUCGUAAGAAGUCGUAGCGUGCGAUUGGGUGCCAUUUCAGAUUAAAUGGCACGACGAGGAGCGGUGACGUCACGGUUUAAACGUCACCACGCGAAGGCACACGCAUCGUCUGGCUACAUUGUGAGUUCAUACACCUUUACCAUAGAUACUAUGAAUCAUGCACGCAUACCUUGCGGCAAAACUGUCAUCGAAAACCGUUCAACGUACAUUUUACAAGUACGCAUUGAUCAUGUGCGUGGUUCGGGGCGGAGCUUCCUUUUAAUGAAAAUGUUAUGAUCAAAAUGAAAUUGUAUUUAAAAUGAGGAAUCAGACUUACUAAGAUAGAAAAGAGUAGUGCCAUGCAGCCCCGCCUAGAUGGGAAACUGGUCUUGCUGUACACGCUAUUGUUUCUCCAAGUUCUAAUUGUUAUGGUAUACGUCGCCACGACUCCGCCAUCCGAACUGACCGCGUCGAUGACCCAUACCUCCGUAUCAUUCGUGAAAUUUGAAGAACCACAGCAGGAACCUAAACAGCGACCAGCUGUUAGUAAAAAGAUUCCUAUCUACCAGACAAUCAACGGAGAGAUAACAAUAAACGAUGUGAAGACUUUCACGUUCUUCGAGGCAUACAAUCACACCGUUUGCUGGAAGCACGGUGUGGACGACCAGAAGAUGCGAAGCAGCGAGGACCUCGAGAAGUGCAUUUGCAUCCACGGUUGGCAUGGAUCCGACUGCGGUCAACCGGAGGUCGUGUGGCGUGCGAUCAUGGCUUCGAAACAAAACAUCGAGCUGAGACAUCGCAAACUGGCCAGGCGCAUUAUUCACACGUUUUUUCUAUACGAGUACAACUCGGCGAUCGCCGAGGUGAUAGUAGAAGAACUGUACGACGUGGUAGAUCUUUUCGUAAUCUGUGAUUUCAGUAAUGCGGAGGAGAACUUUCAUCAUAAGCUACUUAAGGGUUUGUUGCGACAGAGGCAAAAGAAGAUUUUAUACGUUAAUGUAGCGUCAAAACUGCACAAACCAGCGAGAGUGGUGUCUAAAUACGUUUGGGAGAAAUUGAAGACUGUUGUACGAAAUUUAAGGGACGACGAUAUACACAUAACGACUGAACCAGAACAGAUAUUAAACUCCAGGGCAUUAAUGUUCCUCAAGGUAUACAACGGGUGGCCGCAGCCCAUCGGUUUUAGAUUAAGAUGGUCCGUAUAUGGAUUCUUCUGGCAGCAUCCGCUGAAGACGACGAUCACGGUCGGCGCUUGUACGAUCGGAUUGAUGCGCGAAGCUUAUCAAUCAAAUUCUAUCAUGUUGGACCGACUGGAGGGAGGAGACUUGAGCGAAAGGGAUAGUCUAGGCCUAGUGAUAGGGGACUUGAAUCAUUACGGCGGAUGGUACUGCUAUCUGUGUCAGUCACCUUCGAACAUUAUAACUAGUUUACAAAAUAAAGUUAAAUCGAAGGAGAUUGAAAUCGAAAAGACUAUCGACGUACCGUUCAUCGAGGACCUAAUAGGAAGCGGAUUAUGGUUGGACGGGAAAACUACUCUUCUAAGAGUCUCGAAAUCUCGAGACCCUUACUUCGCGCCUGAAAUAAUACUUAACAAUACGUGGAAGUACGACUGGCUGGUAGAGAACUUUUACGCUAAAUUAGAUUAUUACUGACAUAUUGGUUACACCUGACUGUGAUAUUAACUCAUACUCGAUACUCAAUUAGAAAUUAUAUACCAUAUUCUACCGAAUUUAUAUACCGAAAUAAUACGUUGAACGAACUGUGAAUGUUAAAUGAUUUAUAUACAAGUACAUAUAACUUAUAAAGAAACUAUU